AUGUCUAAAUACUAUAAAUUUACUAGAACAAGUUCUAGUGACAAACAACCGCCUACAGCUUUAUUUGCGAUGAUAUCUAAACCAUCUGCACUAGAUUAUAUUGAAGAAUCUGAAAAAUAUAUUAUUCAACUUUACGGAAAACACGAAGAAUUUAGGAAUAGAUCUGAUUUUAUGGGAAAACUUGAAAGGUUAAUCCCAUACGGUCCUUUCAUUAUCAAUUUAGUAAGUAAUAAUGAAAAAGAAUUACAAAAGUUAGUAAAUUAUCAAACAAAUUACCAACAAACGAAUUUAGAAUUCGCAGACAUUGGUGUAAAGACCGAUAUUCCUAAUUAUGAAGCAAUAGUUAAUAAUCUUAUCAAAUACGCAAAUUAUUCUGAUAAAUUCUUUAAAUUUAUUCAAAAUCGAAUUUCAAAUUUAACAGCUAUACCAGCUCAGUAUAUUUUGAAUUGCCCAGAAAAGUCACCACUUCUAUCAUCAUUAUUAGAAAAAAAAAUUCUAAUCAAUCCAGAACCAAAAGAAUUCAACAUCUAUAACAAUCAAAAUACGUAUCUUGCUAGUCUUAUGGAAGCAUACGGAAUCGCAUCUAAUCCUACACAGUCUUCUAUCAUAGAUAAAACGCAUUUACAGCCACUCCUUUCAAAAGCGAGCAACUACGAAUCGGCAUAUAUACAAAUAAUCAACGCAUUCGCAUUGCAUCCUAAUUUUUUUGAUAAAUGGUUUGAUUUUAUUGGAUUUAAGACACAUCUCAGUAAUUUCCACUUUAGCUUACUAAUGUUCAACGACAAUUGGAUAAUAAAAAUAUUCGAAGGCUCAAAAGAGUUAAAAGGACAAAUAAUAUUCUAUUAUUUGCACAAUGACGGUGGAUACAAAACAAUUUUCGACUAUUUUACAAAAGCUAAGAAAGCUCUUACUAAUGAUAAAAAGGAAAUAUCUACUACUUAUUAUGUUGGUGUUGCUUAUUUCAGAAAAUAUGCUUUAGAAGCAUUAUCUGAAUUUUCUGAUAUAAUAACAACAGAAUACCUUAUGGAUGUAAUAGAAUUCCUUGAUGAAGAAUAUAGACAUGUUAAUUCUGCCUCAAAAUCCAUAUAA